AAAAGACGAACCCACCGAUCGCCACUAUCGACGACCUCGUCGAAUACCUCGAUCGAAGCGCCCACGAUAUUUUCUUGGGCCUCUUCUCGACCUUCCCGACGCCGCAGUACCCAACGUUGCAAAUAGAUUCGGACGAACCCCGAUCCACCCAUCAAUUGACCUCGGGUCGCCCAUCCUUUACUCCACGAUCCUCCCGCCCGAUUCACGACCACAGCCGCAGCGAUGGCAGCAGCAAAUCCCACCAACGUUAUUCGGAGGAAACUCGUCAUUGUAGGGGACGGUGCUUGCGGAAAGACUAGUUUGCUUAGCGUCUUCACACUUGGAUAUUUCCCUACCCACUACAUUCCUACCGUCUUCGAGAACUACGUGACAGACUGCAGAGUAGAUGGAAAGUCGGUGCAGCUUGCGCUAUGGGAUACCGCCGGACAGGAGGACUACGAACGGCUACGUCCCCUGGCCUACUCCAAGGCUCACGUUAUUCUCGUCGGCUUCUCCAUCGAUACACCCGAUUCUCUCGACAACGUAAAGCACAAGUGGGUGGAGGAGGUUACGCGACUCUGCGAAGGCGUCCCCAUCAUUCUGGUUGGCUUGAAGAAGGAUCUCCGCGAAGAUCCUGUAGCGAUUGAGGAAAUGCGAAAGAAGUCGAUGCGCUUCGUCACACAUCAAGAGGGCGAUGCUGCCGCCAAGGAGAUUGGCGCACGGAAAUACUUGGAAUGCUCCAGUCUGAGCGGCGAGGGUGUCGACGAUGUCUUUGAGGCCGCUACUCGUGCUGCCUUGUUGACCUUUGAGAAGGGCGAGGGAGGCGGCUGCUGCGUUAUUCUGUGAAGGAAGCA